AUGGAGAAUCAGUUCGAGCAGGUCAUCAUAGGCAAGAGCGCAGGAGCACGCACAGGUGUUGCCAGGACGCAGGGAGAGAAGAAUGCAGCAGCACGUUCAGGUGCUGUUGUAGGCACAGAGAAGAAGUAUGCCAAUGUCAAUGCCAACCACAAGGACACAGAGGGUCAGAAACUCGCCAAGAUUGACCGGGACGAUGAGCCGGCACCUCCCAAGAAGCUUGAGCCGGAGAUUGGCAAGACGAUUGCAAAGGCGCGGAUGGAUAAAGGUCUGAAGCAGGCGGAUCUUGCCAAGACGGUGAAUGAGAAGGCGACGGUGAUCAACGACUACGAGCAGGCGCGGGCUAUCCCUUCGCAGGCUGUGUUGGGCAAGUUGGAGCGUGCCUUGGGUGUCAAGCUACGUGGCAAGGACAUUGGCAUGCCACUCGGUGGACCCAAGAAGUAG